AUGGUUCUCGACUACAGCAAAUGGGAUGCUCUUGAGCUAUCAGAUGACUCGGAUAUCGAGGUACACCCUAAUGUUGAUAAACGUUCUUUUAUCAGGGCCAAACAAUCCCAAAUUCAUCAGCAACGAGAGCAGCGUCGUUACGAAAUCAAGACUCUGAAGUACGAGCGCAUUAUCAACGAUGGACUUCUCGUGCGCAUCGAUAAACUCCUUUCUACUCUCAAGCAGCAUGAAGAUUCUUCUGCCCAGCCCGAACAGCCUAUCUUUCAAACAAUCAUGGAGUUUGCCAGUGAUCCCAAAGCUGACCAAGCUCCCCCGCCACCUGAAGGUGUCCAUACCCAGGAAAAGGAACAACCCAAGUACUCACAGAUGAUGAGCUCUUUGGUGGAUCAGGUGAAGAAGGACCUUGGUGAGGCAAAGCCGGAUAAUCCGAUGAAGGCGUACAUUCAAGGCGUGGAAGGGCAUCAGGCCAAGGUCAAGGACUUGCAGAAGCAAUUGUUGGAAAAGCUUGCUCAGCUAGAGAAGGAGGAAGGAAGCAAGAUCACUAGUGACGGACUGCGUGAGGGAUUUAACACAUCGCAUGUUUCCAAGACCGCCGCAGCUCCCAAGCAAGCAGCUUCCUCCAAAGACUCCCAAGUUGAGCUACUGAACCCUGGUGCCGGUCAGUCCUCAAGCACAACAGCCGACUAUGAAGAUGACGAUGACCCCGCCAACGUCGAAAUUAGUGAGCUUGGAAAACAGUUCGCCCGCCUCCGGCCCAAUGACUAUAACGCUUAUCUGCAAUUCAUUGGAGCGCAUCCAUCAAUCAUUGCCGAGAAAGAAACCGACGGCUUGCUUGUCGAAGCCUUCAAUUCUCAAAUCAAGGGACAGGAGGAUUAUGCCCGCCAGUGUGUGCAUCAAGGUCUCCUCCUGCAAUAUUGUCGAUCAUUGGGCCCCGAUGGUAUCAAAUUGUUCUUCACUCGCAUUACAACAAAGGACCACCGCGCAUCAGCACUGUUCAUCAACGAUGUCAAUGAGACUUACCAGCGCAUCAAGACUCGUGCUUUUGAGUUGAGCAAAGAGGGCUCCGCUUCCAACGACCCUGCAGGCGUGGAACAGAUUCAGCUACACGCUGUUGACCCCAACACGAAGAUUACCAUCAACCUCCCCCAAGCGAACAGUCAAGAACCCAUCGAGAUUGAAGCUCGCAAGAUCUAUGACGCGUUCUCCGAAGAUCUCCAGAAAGCAUUGGCCUCUGAAUCUCUUGACGAGGUAAACAAGGUUCUUGGCAACAUGUCCGUAGAGGAGGCCGAAGGCGUUGUCGAGCAGCUAGGCGAAAGUGGCAUGCUCAGCAUGGAGGAGGGUAUCAUUGAUGGUACCACUGAAGAGGGCAGACAGAAGCUAGCCGAGCUAGAAGCCGAGGGAAGGCAAACAGAGGAGGUUGGAGAACCUGGUGGUGAUAUCACAGAGUUAGAUUGA